GAGCUGUUAGUGGGGCGAGGGUGAAACUGCCGUUGCCGGCGGCUCCUGUUUCCCUGACCCAACAUGUUGGUGCACUUAUUUCGGGUCGGGAUUCGGAGCGGCCCUUUCCAAGGCAGACCGCUACUACCCUUCCGCUUCCAGGCAUUCUCGGUCGCCAGGUGCUCAGAUGGCUGCCACAGCUCCUCCCUUCUCAGGACUCUGGCCCGGCUGCGGUUCCAGCUCCGGGGCUACCUCCCUCGAACCCCAUCAGCGCCUAGCCGGAGCCCCCUUACCUUGUGCUGGUUUGGGGGAACCGUGCUGGGGUCUGUGGUGCUGAGUAAGCGUCCCCACCUCUGCCUCGUGGCCCUGUGUGAGGCAGAAGAGGCCCCCCUUGCCUGCUGCGCACCCCCUGUUGGGGAGUCCCACUUCAACUGGAAGCUCUUCUGGCAUUUUCUGCGCCCACACCUGCUGGUCCUUGGGGUGGCCAUCGUGUUGGCACUGGGUGCAGCAUUGGUGAACGUUCAGAUCCCCCUGCUCUUGGGCCAGCUGGUGGAGAUUGUGGCCAAGUACACAAGGGAGCAUGUGGGGAGCUUUAUGACGGAGUCUCGGAGUCUUGGCACCCAGCUGCUCAUCCUCUAUGGCAUCCAGGGACUGCUGACUUUCGGAUACCUGGUGCUGCUGUCCCACAUUGGGGAGCGGAUGGCUGUGGACAUGAGGAGGGCUCUCUUCGGCUCUCUGCUCCGACAAGACAUUGCUUUCUUCGAUGCUAAAAAGACAGGGCAGCUGGUGAGCCGGCUGACAACUGAUGUGCAGGAGUUUAAGUCAUCCUUCAAGCUCGUCAUCUCUCAGGGCCUGCGCAGCUGCACGCAGGUGGCCGGCUGCCUGGUGUCCCUGUCCAUGCUGUCCCCACGCCUCACGCUGUUGCUCGCAGUGGCCACACCUGCCCUCAUGGGAGUGGGCACCCUGAUGGGGUCCAGGUUGCGAAAAUUGUCUCGCCAGUGUCAGGAGCAGAUUGCCAGAGCGACAGGUGUAGCAGAUGAGGCCCUGGGCAAUGUGCGGACCGUGCGGGCCUUCGCCAUGGAGCAGCGGGAGGAAGAACGCUACGGAGCGGAGCUGGAUGCCUGCCGCCACAAGGCAGAAACGCUGGGCAGGGGCAUUGCCUUGUUCCAGGGGCUUUCCAACAUAGCCUUCAACUGUAUGGUCCUGGGCACCCUAUUUAUUGGGGGAUCCCUGGUGGCUGGACAGCAGCUGACAGGAGGAGACCUCAUGUCCUUCCUGGUGGCCUCUCAGACAGUGCAGAGGUCCAUGGCCAACCUCUCUAUCCUGUUUGGUCAGGUGGUACGAGGGCUCAGUGCAGGCACCCGUGUCUUUGAGUACAUGGCCCUUCACCCCUGCAUCCCGUUGACUGGUGGCUGCUACAUCCCCAAGGAGCACCUGCAUGGCUCUGUCACAUUUGAGAAUGUCUGCUUCAGUUACCCCUGCCGCCCUGGCUUCCAAGUGCUCCAAGAUUUCACCCUGACACUUCCCCCUGGCAAGAUCGUGGCCCUCGUAGGCCAGUCCGGCGGAGGAAAGACCACUGUGGCUUCCCUGCUGGAGCGCUUCUACGACCCCACGGCUGGCACUGUGACUCUGGACGGAAGGGACCUGCGCACACUGGAUCCCUCCUGGCUGCGGGGCCAGGUUGUCGGCUUCAUCAGCCAGGAGCCGGUUCUGUUUGGAACAACUAUCAUGGAGAACAUCCGUUUUGGAAAACUGGAUGCGUCCGACGAAGAGGUGUAUGCAGCUGCUCGGGAAGCCAACGCCCAUGAGUUCAUUUGCAGCUUUCCUGAGGGCUACCACACCAUUGUGGGUGAGCGGGGUGCCACCCUGUCUGGUGGUCAGAAGCAGCGCCUGGCCAUCGCCCGGGCUCUCAUCAAGAAGCCCACGGUACUAAUCCUGGAUGAGGCCACCAGUGCACUCGACGCAGAGUCUGAGCGUGUGGUGCAGGAGGCCUUGGACCGGGCCAGCGCAGGCCGCACUGUGCUGGUCAUCGCCCACCGGCUCAGCACUGUCCGCGCAGCCCACCGCAUUGUCGUCAUGGCCAAUGGCCAAGUCUGCGAGGCUGGGACCCAUGAAGAACUUCUGAAGAAAGGUGGGCUGUACGCAGAGCUCAUCCGGAGACAGGCCUUAGAUGCCCCACUGACGUCAGCCUCACCUCUGGGCGAGAGGCCCAAAGCCCCUCGGGGUCACCAGCGCCAGUCCUGAGUAUGGCUCCCUGGGGGACUUUCUCAGGGACUGAGCUUCAGGAUGCUGAGUAUGGCUGAUGCUGCUCCUACGCUCACAACAAAGCCUGGGCCCAGUGGCUGGGCUUGCUCUCACCCUCCCCUGACUGCCGCCAGGCUGCCUGGCUCCCACCAGACCAUCAAGCCUGCCACUGCCUUUGGACUGUGGAUGGACCAAGGCAGAUCUCCCCGGACGCCUUAUGUCCAUUUCUCUCCCUUGGUCCAGACCCUCCCUAAGCCUCACUCCUAUAGCCAGUAGUUGUCCAGCCCCCCAGUUCAGGGCAGUUGUAAAAUGUCCCACUUGGUAACAGGCCUGUAUGUGUACAUCAAGGCUCUAGCCAACCCCUGCUAGGACUUCACUUCCCUAGACUGUCCCUGACCCCCCACUCCUGUAUCCCCACUGCUGUUCUGGAACCUGGCGUAAGGCAUUUUCCCCUUGACCCACCCUCCAGGCAGCCUCUCCUCCCUCUCCUUGCUCUCUUCCUAUAGUCCUGAGUUCUCAGUGUGUCCCCUUGUCCCUCUUCCCAUGAGAGGCCUGAUAGGGCUUGGCUGUUCCAUCAGGGCAGCAAGGUGAAUGGGGAUCCAUCCCCACAAGAAGCAGCUAUCCUGUCACCUGCCUCCUGUUGGCUCUGCUCUGUGUACCCCAAGUCCUUGACUCCAGAGGCACACACCAGCCUCCUCCUCAGCUGGGGCAGCCCCAUAGCCCGCAAGAAGAAACUGAUAGGGAGCAGCUAGUGCACAGUACAGUAUGAACUGAACCUGAUCAAGAGCAGGGAGGCGCAAGGAGAAUGCAGGACAUGGCCUCACCAGGGCUGCCUACAAGCCAUGGGCCUGUGGCCCCUAAGCUGUGAAUGAGGGACAGCUUGACUCCAGGAAGCCCAGAGAGGCACCCAGGAAGGGCCCUUUGACUGAACUGGCACCCAGGAUUGGGGAGCACCCCCCCUACACCCAGGGCCAGGGACCACCCACUCCCGGUUAUCUGGUCACUUGCCCUUGGGAACCUUGCCCUGCCAUGUCCACAGAGCCCACUCCCCAGCCAGCCAUGCAUUUUGAACCUAGCCUGUGACAGAGGCCAUACCGUGUUUCAAGGGGUGGUAGUGGCAGUGCAUGUGACUGCCAGUGGGAGACCAGCCUGGAAGAAGUAGCACUGAACCAGGGAGGGACUCACAGCCUGUUGUGGGCAUGGCUUAGGGCCAGAUGCUGCUUUUGCAACAAACUACCAAAAAUCUCCAAGGUCCCCCCCUCCCUGAGGUUGCAUAUUUGGGCAGCAGCAGCCCAAGGAGUGGGACUUGGGGGUUAGCUUUGACCACUAAACCCUCCCCAAGUGCAGCACAGUGCAGGGCCUCCACUUCCUGGCAAGUCUCCACCAUCCCAGCUCUCUGCCCUGGGGCAGCCAGCCAAGACUCAAGCUGCCCAGGAGGCCUUCUGAUACCAGAUGCUUGGUCUCUCCUUACAGCUUCAGGCUGGCUUCUCUGAAUGCAGCCCUGCCCCUUCUCCCACCCACUACUGGGGAAGUAGCAAAACCCCAGGGCCAGUCAAGCUUGUCCAGCUGAGCUGUCUGUAUCCACUCACUGAAACCUUACCUCGACCUUGGCUCCCCUGUUGCCCAGAGAUCAGCAGCCUGGCUGCUGCUGACCAUGAAAGCUAGCUCUGGAAGUUUAAAUAAGAUAAUCUACAAGAAAAGACUUAACGGGUCACAGUGCGGCAGCCUCACAUCCGUGCCACCCAAAGGUGUCACCUCUUCCAACAGAGUUCUUAGGCACUUGCCACCUGCCUCCAGAAGGAUCCCUCUCCCUAUGAAGCUCACAGUCCAGGCAGAAAGCCAGGCUGCUGGGACAGGAGUGAGCCCAUGGGGGCUGUGGCACUCAGUUCCUGCCCCUUACAACAAAAGCCAGAUGAACCUAGUAGCUUCAAACACUUUCCGGACAGAGAUGGACUAGAAAUAAAUUUCAGUAAUAAAUCGA